ACUGCUGAGAUCCUCUAUGGCGACGUCUUCAUUAAUCGUUAUCAUUAUCAGCUUCACAGAAGUUUAUAGAAAAUAUAGAGUUUUAUAUCAUUCGUUUCGAAAUUAUUUGUUAAUCGUCGAUUCGUUGAUUUGGGUCAUUUAAAUUCAAAAGAAAUUUUUAUUUGUUAAAAUUGAUUGAACAGUGGAAUCGAAUGAUGAAAAUUGCAAAAACUAGUUCAAAUCAUUUCUUUAUCGUUUUAAAGAAAAAAUUUUGAAUAUCAAUGACAAUUCGCGAUUUUCAGGUAAUUAAUUCGCCUUCUUAAAUGUCGCCCUUUGUUUUCACCCUUUGCUAACACUUCAUUAUUCUUAUUUAUUGCCAUUUUUUUUCUUUUUUCAAAUUCUUAUCGAAUUUUUUUUUACUGUAAGUUUUAUUUGUUACUUGAUUUUUGCAGUCUGAGAAGGUGUAGAUUUGAAUGUUGGCAAAUGGGAGGUCAGUAUCUGAUUUAUGUUACGAUUUAUUUUUUUUCUUUUUUAAUUUUAUCUGAGAAUUUUUACAAUAUUUCUGUCACUUUCAGUGGAUAUUGAUUUUUGUCUUUUUUUAAAAUGGAAAUUCAGGAAGAUCGAUGGCGACAAUCUUAUGCGAUAUUAAUUGCAAAUUUACAAAUAAUCUGUUCAUUAUUUAGUAUUCAUUCUUCCUUCUCAGUGUCACACGUCAUUGACGCUAUGACUGGACUCAAGAAAUGAGUCCUCUUCGCCAAAUUAUGUUAUUUGGGCACAAGAAAUGCUAUAAAUUAUGAAAACAUUAAUUCAUGAAUUUUUUAGAACUGGGCGCAACUUCACAUUUGCUGCAAAUAACUUUAAAGAACUCGAAAAAUGGAUAUCUAUUUAAGCGAUAAUAUUUUAUCAGUUCCAUGUCGUUGAUUUUAAAUUUUGAUGGUUUUCGUUAAUUGCCAUUUUAAUACUUCGAAAGGAAAACUAUUUGCAUCAUUGCAUUAAUUAUCUACUGGCUUAUGAUGACAUUUUAGAGCUCAAACAGGAGCCAAGGACUAUUAUUGUAAAUUGAGGUCACUGCAAUAAGUUGGCUAUGUAACAAAUUUUGAGCAGAUAGAUGAUUUAAUGAUGAUUUUGUUUUUGCUUGUAUAUUACUGAAGUUCGCAUGAUAAUUUGUUUUCGUUAUUCUUUUUUGUAAAUAUUUUCAUUAAUCGUAAUAUCUCCUUUUUUCCACCUGGUGCAUACGCAACAAAUGCAAGGGUAAAUUGCUUGCGUGAUCACAUAAGUUGCAUAUAGCUAUAUUCA